GUUGUAAUCGCUCUACGAUAAUGUCUCGGGUAUAUGUUGGGAACUUGGAUCCGCGAGUUACUGAAAGAGAGCUCGAAGAUCAAUUUCGAGCAUACGGUGUUCUUCGGAGUGUCUGGGUUGCUCGAAAGCCACCAGGUUAUGCAUUUGUUGAGUUCGAUGAUCGCAGAGAUGCUAUGGAUGCAAUCCGUGCAUUGGAUGGGAAGAAUGGCUGGCGUGUGGAACUUUCUCAUAAUUCUAAGAGUGGUGGGGGCGGUCGGGGCGGUGGACGUGGCCGUGGUGGUGGCGACCGAGGUGGUGGUGGUGGUGGUGAUGACCUGAAGUGCUAUGAGUGUGGUGAACCUGGUCACUUUGCUCGGGAGUGUCGCUUGCGGAUUGGUUCACGUGGAAUGGGAAGUGGUCGGCGUCGUAGCCCUAGUCCUCGACAUCGUAGGAGCCCCAGUUAUGGUCGCAGGAGUUACAGCCCUCGUGGUAGAAAAUCUCCACCUCGACGCCGCAGUGUAUCACCACGCCGUGGCCGCAGCUACAGCAGGUCACCACCAUAUCGUCCAGCCCAUCGUGAUUCUCCUACCUAUGCUAACGGUCCUGUUGCCAGGGAUCAACGUCGGAGCCGGAGCUGAAAGAGACUGUGACAAUGUGCAUCUGAUGAGAUUAUGUACUAUCUUACAUGCACAAUAUCAAUAGCCGUGAUAGGAUGGUUCGACAAAAAGAUAAUCUUGUUAUUUCUGUUCGCCGAAUGACAAUUGGAUUUGUUAGGACUAUGACUUUGAUUAAUUGAGCUCCUACAAUGUCAAAGGGAUGAUUUGGUUGGACUCAGCUUUUGCAUGGACAUACUCUUCAGCUGACUAAAAUUUGGGGAGGUUACUUUCCUACUU